AUGAUGAUGCAGACAAUAUGGUUCCCUUUUGUUGUUGCUGUCGUUCUGUUCUUCAGUUUUGGAGUUAUAGGAGGGGAUUGGGAGGGUAGAUCACAACUUAGUGGCAUUAGCAGUGAGGUGUGGGCCCGGCAGGAGGCUGACCGGGUUACCGGCCUCCCCGACUCGCCUCCGGUGAAUUUCCGGCAAUAUGCCGGAUACGUCAGGGUGAGCCAGAAGCAUGGGAGAGCACUUUUCUAUUGGUUCUUUGAGGCCAUGGAAAAGUCUGAGGAUAAACCUCUCGUUUUAUGGCUCAAUGGAGGGCCAGGAUGUUCAUCAGUAGGAUAUGGUCUUUUAGAGGAGUUGGGACCUUUCCUCUCACAGAAAGGGAAACCAGAGCUGAAGUUCAACAACCACUCUUGGAAUACAGCGGCCAAUUUGCUAUUUCUAGAGCAGCCUGUGGGUGUUGGAUUUUCAUACACAAACACCACCAGUGAUAUCGAUCGACUAGGCGACAAAUUUGCAGCUCAUGAUUCAUAUAGGUUUCUACUCAAAUGGUUUCAAAGAUUCCCACAAUUCAAGUCCCAUGAAUUCUACAUUGCUGGCGAAAGUUAUGCAGGCCAUUAUGUUCCUCAACUCUCGGAACUUAUCUAUGACAAGAACAAAGUUGUUCCAAAGGUUGAUCAAAUAAACUUCAAGGGUCUACUGAUAGGGAACGCGCUGUUGGACGAUGAAGCAGACCAAACAGGGAUGAUAGACUACGCAUGGGAUCACGCCAUUAUUUCCGACCGCCUCCGCGACGACAUCAAAGCCGCCUGCAACUUCAGCGCCACCACCUCUUCCGCCGAAUGCGACGCCCAGCUUAACAACUAUUACGCCCUUUACGACAUUAUUGAUAUGUACAGCUUGUACACCCCAACCUGUGUCCGCACAAACAGCACCGCCACGAAGAACUCGGUUCCUGUCGUACGAGGAAUCGCUCCUCACCUUUUCUCCAAAAUGGCUGGAUGGCACAAGAAACCAUCAGGUUACGACCCAUGUGCACCUGAUUAUACAGAAGCAUAUCUCAACAGACCGGACGUCCAGAAGGCACUUCAUGCCAACGUAACUGGGAUUUCCUAUCCAUGGAUUCAUUGCAGCGGCAUUAUCAGUAAAUGGAAAGAUGCACCAACUACCAUUCUUCCUAUUAUCAGAAAACUUUCAGCAGCGGGUUUGCGCAUUUGGGUUUACAGGUAUUACGGCUAG